GUAUUAUGGCGAUUGGGUAGCUGCUGGAUUGUGUAAAUCCCCCGGGAACAUGGGAUUAGGCGUUUCGGCUGUCCGAUAGUCGUGCGGGAAUCCAUUGACUCUGAAGCUCUCUGCAACACUCAUGACGUAGCCUGGAGGUAGCGGUGAUGUAAUAUGGCAGCUUUCUCUAGAGACCUUUAUUCCCUGAAAUCAAACACUGCAUGCUGGGAGAGCGGAUACUAUCUUACAGGAAUAGAUAAUAAAGGACCAGAUUACCUUGUGCUGGAACUACCAGAAUGAAAGUUACACACAUGAUUCUGACUUGGAGUUAGCCACCCAGCAGCGUGCACAAAACACAAAAACUGCUGUUUCAGUGUUUGACAGGAGAGGAGGGAAUACGAAAAGGGGAAUCCAAAGAUUCAGCAGAGAGUUUGUAAGCAGCAAUAUCUAAGAUGUUUUCUGAUCUGGAUUAUGACUUUGAAGAGGACAAACUGGCUAUCUGGACCAAGCUUUGCAUUUUCUAAAUCACAACUGAAAACAAUGGCCCUAAGACGGAAUGGUGGGAUUCCAACAGUCCCUGGAACAGUAACCCUCAAAAAGGACUCUCAGAAUGUGAUUGGGAUCAGCAUAGGCGGUGGAGCUCAGCACUGCCCCUGCCUUUAUAUAGUGCAGGUAUUUGACAACACCCCAGCCUCCUUGGAUGGAACCAUUGCUGCAGGAGAUGAAAUAACUGGAGUGAAUGGAAAAUCUGUUAAAGGCAAAACCAAAGUAGAAGUGGCAAAGAUGAUUCAGAAUGUCAAGGGAGAAGUGACUAUUCACUACAACAAGUUACAAGCUGACCCCAAGCAGGGAAAGUCUCUGGAUAUUGUCCUGAAAAAGGUGAAGCAUCGGCUAGUGGAAAACCUGAGCUCCGGCACGGCAGAUGCAUUGGGUUUGAGUCGGGCCAUCCUGUGUAAUGAUGGUUUAGUUAAAAGACUGGAAGAACUUGAAAAAACAGGGGAAUUUUAUCGAGGUAUGAUGGAACACACCAAGCGCCUCUUAAGAUCUUUCUUCGAGCUUUCCCAGACACACAGAGCUUUCGGGGAUGUGUUCUCAGUCAUCGGAGUGCGGGAACCACAGCCGGCUGCAAGUGAAGCUUUUGUCAAGUUUGCAGACGCACAUCGCAGCAUUGAAAAAUUUGGAAUUGGCCUUCUAAAGACCAUAAAACCGAUGCUGAGUGACUUAAACACUUACCUUAAUAAAGCAAUUCCUGACACCAAGCUCACCAUCCGGAAAUACCUUGAUGUGAAAUUUGAAUAUCUGUCAUACUGCUUGAAGGUGAAGGAAAUGGAUGAUGAAGAAUACAGUAGCAUUGCCUUGGGAGAACCCCUAUAUCGUGUUGGUACCGGGAACUAUGAGUAUCGGCUCAUUCUGCGGUGCCGACAGGAAGCACGCGCGCGCUUUGCAAAGAUGAGGAAAGAUGUCCUAGAGAAGAUUGAACUGCUUGACCAAAAACAUGUGCACGAUAUUGUGUUCCAGCUGCAACGAUUUGUUUCAGCAAUGUCCAAAUACAAUGACCAGUGCUAUGAAGUACUCAAGGAGGCCGACAUCUUCCCUAUUGAGGUGGACUUGGCUAAAACAACUCUUGCCUAUGGUCAGGGAGAUACCUUUACUGAUGGAAUAGAUGAGGAGGAAGAGGAGAAGGCUGAGAAGAGAAAUGAAGAAGAGAAUGGGGAGAAACUGAUUGACGAUGCAUAGAAAGUUGUUUUUACCCUGAGAAAUGAAGGAGACGUGACAUGAAGUUUACAUUUAUUCUCUUUCUUGUUUUGACACUGCCUAUAUCAAGGCCAGGGAACGCAUUCUCUGCUGGUGAGGUGAUGAUUUCCGUGGUCUAGGGCAUGAUCCCCCCCCCCCCCCCCAAACUGUAUUGGAAUUGUUGGUAUGAAAAGAAAUCAUCUGUAAUUAAGUAAUUUCAGUUGAGCCUUCAAAAGAUUCUGCACACUGUGCCUGCUUUUCCAGUUUACUAACUUCCAAUUUUCAUCAUUCACCUUAUUCCUUCUUGAAUUAGGACUUUGUUUCCAUGGUCCAUAAGUUUUAUAGUUGCUCCUUCUUCAAAAUGUUACAAUGAUACUCCUUCUAUAUGAACUGUACCCUAUGUAUCCUGCUGUGCUGAGAUCACUGAAUCAGUUCUGUAGGUGUUCCCAUAAAGUUGUGCAGAAAUGCUCUACUUAAUCUCAAACAUUCUGUACAUCGGACAGGCAAUUUGUCACCUGUUACUGUAUUUUUUUUUUUUUUUUUUCCUGAUCAUUUUAAUUUCCAGCAUGAAUCCCCAUGGGUAGUUGGUGUUGUUGCUGUGUUGCAUUCCAGGUAAUUCCAUUACAAGGUAUUUCCUCAUUAGUCCAACUCUGCUGAGGCUGCCAAACCUCAUGUGCAGACCGUUACCAAAUUGGGCUGCUUUGAUUUUGUGGCCCUAUAUAAUGGUGGUGUACGGAUAUGUACGGGAGAGGAUUGCAUCAAAAACCCAAUCUGAUCCUUUCCCAACAGGAUUUCUGACUUUCCAGAUAUUGGCCGGGCAGGCUAUUUCCUAUACAUGGGAAAACUGCUGAUUUAAUCUGGAUGUGAAGCUUCUAUAAGCAUGUGUAUGACUGCCAUAAAUACAGACAAAGAAUAGAGAUCCACUACACUCACCUAUUAUCAAUAUGCUAAA